CGCAUUUACUUCAUCUUCUCUGUUUCCGAACGUUACCCAUUUCAAACCUACAUAUUUAUCUUCUUCUUCCUUUAACCAAAAUACCCAUUCAUCUCAACUUCCUCACAACCCCAUUCAUCUCAAAUCUCAUUCAUCUCAACCAACAACACCAUAAUUUGAAGAAGACAAAAUCUUGGAAGAAAGAUCUUAUAAUUUGAAGGGAAUCUUCAGGCUAUAGGUUAUCUUCAAUUAAGUAUGGAACAUUACCAAUUCUAUCGUAGUUGGAUGUAUGAUAGAAUGUUUCCUGGACGACGUGGGCUUAAACCACUUUUUAUGGAAGGAGUUGCCGCGUUUCUCUCGUAUGCGUUUGCUCAAGAAUGUUGUCGCAGGGAAGGAGGGGUAAGGUGUCCGUGUUUAAAGUGUGGUUGCAGAAAUAUUAUUAGUGACCCUAGUGAAGUGAAGCGUCACUUGGAGAGAGUGGGUUUUAGGCCAAAUUACUGGGUUUGGACAUCUAAUGGGGAAACAAUGCAGGAGAUGAAUAGAGAGGCUUCUAGCAGUCAAACACAUAUAGAACCAGAUAUAAAUAGAGUUGAUCCAGGGAGUAGUUCAUCACAUAUGCAGUGCCAGGAGCAAUUUAAUCUCGUCGAGGAGAUGUUCACUGACGCAUUAGGGGUGAAUGUGGCGUAUGAUGAACCACAAGACUUAGAUGGAGAAGAACUCCCGAAUGAGAAAGCUCAAAGGUUUUAUCAGCUGUUGAAAGAAAUAAAUAUACCAUUGUUUGAGGGGUCUUCUGACUCUAAGCUAUCAAUGUGUGUGAGACUUUUGGCUGCGAAAUCAAAUUGGAAUGUUCCUGAUCAGUGUUUAGAAUUCUUUGCGAGAUUGAUGUUGGACGCGACUCCUGUGAAAGAAAACAUGCCUACAAGUUAUUAUGAUGCAAAAAGGGUGGUGUCGAAGUUGGGAUUAGAAGUUAAAAAGAUUGAUUGUUGCAUUAGAGGUUGCAUGUUGUUUUAUGACAACGAGUUUGGUACAAAUGAUGGGGAAUUGGAGGAAUGUAAGUUUUGCGAGAGUCCGAGGUAUUUAGUUAGCAGUAAAGGAGUUGACCAAAGGCAAAAUCGCGUUGCAGCGAAAUCUAUGUUCUAUCUACCAAUAAUACCUAGGUUGCAAAGAAUGUUUGCAUCAAUGCACAGUGCAAGCCAAAUGGCAUGGCACCAUACAAACAGAAUUAGUUCAGGCAUGAUGCGACAUCCAUCUGAUGGCGAGGCAUGGAAACACUUUGAUAGAGUUCAUCCUGAGUUUGCACUUGAACCUAGGAAUGUCCGACUUGUAUUAUGCUCAGAUGGUUUCACUCCUUAUAAUUUUUCAGGAAAUGCAUAUUCUUGUUGGCCAGUUAUUGUUACCCCGUACAAUCUCCCUCCUGAGAUGUGUAUGACGAAACCUUACAUGUUUUUGACAUGCAUCAUUCCGGGACCGUCGAGUCCAAAGGCUGGAAUCGAUGUUUAUUUGCAACCUUUAAUUGAUGAUCUCAAGAGGCUGUGGGUGGGAGCGUGGACUUAUGAUGUGUCUCGUAAACAAAAUUUUAAUAUGCGAGCGGCUUUGAUGUGGACAAUUAAUGACUUUCCUGCAUAUGGCAUGUUGUCUGGAUGGGGUACACAUGGUAAAAUGGGAUGUCCGCAUUGCAUGAAUCACACAAAAGCGUUUACUUUGGACUUUGGUGGGAAAAGUUCGUGGUUUGACUGUCAUCGUAGGUUCUUACCUACCAACCAUGAAUUUAGAAGGAAUAAAGAUGCUUUUAGAAAAGGAAUAAAAGUAAAAGAUCUACCUCCCCCUCGAUUGUCAUCGACUCAAGUAUGGAAUAAUGUUUGUGACCUACCAAAAUUCACAGACUAUGGUGAAGCACGUAGAAUUAAAGGAUAUGGGGUUGACCACAAUUGGACAAAAAGAAGUAUCUUUUGGGACCUCCCAUAUUGGAAGGAUAAUUUAUUGCGUCAUAAUCUUGAUGUUAUGCAUAUUGAGAAGAACUUUUUUGAUAAUGUGCUUAACACGGUGAUGGAUAAUGAGAAGACAAAAGACAAUGAGAAGGCUAGGAAAGACAUGGAACUUUAUUGUAAUCGAAAAGAAUUGGAGUUGAAACCUCGACCAAACGGAAAAUUAUUAAAACCCAAGGCUUGUUACGCUCUUACUCCCCAAGAAGCAAAAGUUGUAUGUCGGUGGUUAAAUGAAUUGAGGAUGCCUGAUGGUUAUUCUUCUAACCUGGCAAGAUGUGCUGACGCCAACACUGGGAAAUUGCAUGGAAUGAAAAGUCACGAUUGUCAUAUUUUCAUGGAACGAUUACUUCCAAUUGCAUUCAGUUCACUGCCCAAGAAUGUGCUUAAUCCACUUACUGAGAUCAGUCAAUUUUUUAGAGACAUUUGUGCUUCAACUUUAAGAGUAGACGACAUCAUUAAAUUGGACCGAAAUAUUCCUGUCAUUCUUUGCAAGUUGGAGCAAAUAUUCCCGCCAGGUUUCUUUGAUUCUAUGGAGCAUCUCCCUGUGCAUCUUGCUUAUGAAGCUUUUCUAGGUGGACCUGUUCAAUAUAGAUGGAUGUAUCCAUUUGAAUGA